GUACUGGUGACCGUAUCGAGUGCACCCCAGGAGGCAGGGUACUUCGUAUAUUGCUGACAGGAAUUUGACAGGAAUGGCGGACGAGGCUCUGUUUGAAUUCCUCCAUAUGGAGAUAGUGUCUCAUGUUUACAAGGAGCAGCAGUCUGGUAAAGGAGAGAUGGACAACAAGGACAGAGCUGUGUGUGUUUCUGUCCUGGAAGGCAUGGGCUUCAGGGUGGGACAAGGACUCAUUGAGAGGCUGACCAGAGACUCCCCCAGCUUUAAGGAUGAGUUGGACAUCAUGAAGUUUGUCUGUAAAGACUUCUGGACAAAGGUGUUCAGGAGGCAGGUUGACAACCUCAGAACAAACCAUCAGGGUACAUAUGUUCUGCAAGAUAACAAAUUUGCUCUGCUGACUCAGCUCUCCAGUGGAAAACAGUACCUGGAUCAGGCUCCUAAGUACCUUGCUUUUUCGUGUGGCGUGGUGAGAGGAGCUCUAUCGAACCUCGGUCUAGAGAGCGUAGUGACAGCUGAGGUCUCCGUCAUGCCAUCUUGUAAGUUUCAGGUGGUCAUCCAGAAGUUGUGACCUGAUCCUCUUUGCUGCCCUGAUGCGGAUGAACAGCAUCCAAAGACACAGUGGUAGUUCCUGUUCUUCCACUAAGCAGUGCAGCUACAGAGGGAAUCAACUCUGAUUACCACAACUGGCUAAAGAAGGACUGCCAUUAUUCUGAAAACCAGGUACCCCUGACAGGGCAAAAAGGGUGAGCAAGGACUUUGAUUAUACUUGUGGCAUCUUAAUAGAGGAAAAAGAUUUGUUUUAUUCCUUGGGCCCAUUUGACCUCACUCAGGCUAGCUUUGGAAAGCAAAAUCAGUUGUUGGUGGCUGUGAAAACAAUAAUGUGAAUGUAAAGUUAUUCAUAAGUUAUAUAAUCUGUGUCAUGUUUCAUCUGCAAUUUGACAGGAUCGAAUGCUUAAUAUGAAAUAACUGAAAAUGAAAAAAGUAAAAAAAAAAAAAAAACCUAAGGCAGAACGAUCAGCAGAAUCUAGGAUAAGAUAUAAUUUUGGGGGAUAUUUCAGGACGGUCAGCUGCUGUACAAUCUAUUUUAGCAUACACAAUAGCUAGUGACCCUUUGAAAAUCAUUACACCUGGCACAGCAGCUUCAUUAUUCAGCACUUGUUUCUCUGCAGACGCAGAGAGAAGCUACAUCCAGCUCCUGGUGCUUUGCUCUGCCUUCGAGCAGAUUGCCUGUAGGAGCCGAGUGUUUCAUGUAUUGCUCAAGGUCAUUUCAAUUAAAUUUAAGGCAAAAUGCAAAUCUAGAAUGAGUCAUUAGUUUCAGGAGUUUAGGUUUACCUCAUAUGUAGAUGUGAUGCCAAUUUCUAUAAAUUUGAAACAGAAAGACAUCUGCUUAGUGCAUCACUCUGUUCCUGUGUAGCAUUUGGGUUUACAGGCUACUGUUUUUUGCACCACAAUGUAUAUUUUUUUCUGCUUUGUACAGCAUUUAUAUGUAAACAUGUCAUUUGGAUAUUCUCCUAGCAUACAAUAAGCAUUUGAAAUAUUUCACAUGGAUUUCUGGGUUACAUUUCUUAAUGACAUCUUGCUUUGUAAAGCAAAUCUCCUCAAAAACAAGUCUCAAAGGUUGUAAAUAUAUCCUGUUUGCGUUAUUUAUUUGACUUUCUCAAACAUCUCUACGCAUUUGUCUAAACAGAAUAAUAAUGGUGAGACAAGAACACCACAAAAACAAGGUCUGAUGAUUAAGAAAAGACCACAAAAUAACCACAGUGAUCACAAGGAAAACAAAUUCAUUGUCGCUUGGUAAAAGCUGUUGCCUCUUAGAGCCACUAGAGGGAGAAAUUAAGCCAUCAUGAGUUUCAGAUUUGCUCUUUCACCAGUUUACCACUUUCAGAAGCUAUGUUCAGUGUCUCCUUGUCUCUUCUACUUUUGAUCUACUUUGAAAUCUCCAGUUUAGUUUGAUAUAGUUUGUAUGUGUUGUGUAGAGAAACUUGGUUCUGUAGUUGAACGAAUGUGACUGUACAGUGCCAUAAAAAAAACACAUUGUGUAUUUGUGGGAUGUUUUCUAAAUGAAAUAAUCUUCAACAACAAAGUAAUGUAAUUAAUUUUUUUAAAGGCUGUUUUCACAUUUUUGGCUUAAAAAACAAAUAAAUCAAGAUUCUCCUGUGCCUUUUCAUGGCACUGUAAAGAAAAUGCUGAAGAGUAAGUGAUGUCUUCAGUUGCCCGUAGUUAUGAUGUUCUCAUGCAAAUGCAUGACAACAUAUUUCACAAUGUGUAGUAGAAACAGCAGUCCCAACAUCCCUUCUUAAGUUAUAACUAUUACUUUCUUGUUUUUGAUCCAUAUCAUGAGCUUUGUAUUAAGAGGUGCUGCUCCAUGCAAGAACACUGCACUUCUGAAAUAUUCACUAUCAAAGCCUUGUCCUCACUAAAUUCCAAUUUUAAUGUUUAUAGUAGGCUCACCCCAGAUUAGGUAAAACCAUCAUUAGAUUUUGUACAAAGCUUGGCGUCACAUUAAUAUCACCGCAGUAGUUGAUGGAUUAUAGAGCUCACUCUGGUUUUAUUUCCUUUUUCUGCUCUAAUAAAGUACCUCUGACUAUGUUCCAGUAUUUCACUGCCAUCACUGUAAAAGUUUUCCACAAUAAAGGUCUUUACAUACAACGUUA